AUGAUACUGUCAGCCUCCAAGAUGUCUUCGUCCAUGGCUUUCACAGUCGUAUUGGUUGCAAUUCUGCAACUCCAUCAACAUGCCGUAGUGGCACAAGAGAACAACAUGAACCAAGGCGACUACAAGAUUGCCAAUUCGGAAACCUUUGCAACCGAUUAUCACAAUCACGAGUACUUUGAGUUCUAUUCCAAGCCCAUCGAGACGGUCUACAGUCAAGUUCAUUGGAUCUCUCAUGGAAAUAUGCCACUGCCUCAAGAAAUUGUAGACCGCUUUGCGAAUGGCAAACUCAUGGCUAUUACGGGAUACGAAGUCGACCAAGUUCGCAUUGACGAAGCAUCUGGCGAGGAAGUUUCGGUCCCCAUUACCUGGGCCUACAAUCAUCAUUAUGUGACGUACGUCCUCAAUUCUAAAAAGGCUCGCCUGGUAAAGAAAAAGACUACUGAAGAAAUGAAGAAGCGAGGCUUUCAUCAUGGUAUGGACGAGUAUCUCGGAGCUGAAAUGCUCUCGGAGGAGCCGGAUAAUGAAAUUCCUCAAGUCCACAUGUUCUCCGAAGGCAAUGGCGGUGAAUUUCGAUUAAGUUAUCAUGGGUAUCCGAAUGGUUAUGCCCAGAUUAUUGAAUCUCCAGAUUCUUAUAAUAUAGCUCCCAUGCAAAUUGAUACUUGGAACCGCAAUGCGACAAACUCUACCUACCUGCCAGGUCCCAUGCCCUCUGGGUCCAGAAUUCCACCCGAAGCGGGCUACAGUGGAUUGCUAGAAUGUCCUUGUACGGAUCGAAUUGAAUUCAAAUGGGGCAUGACCUACGGAUUUGAUGGUGGUGGUGGUGCAAAUGACAAUAACGACUACUACUGCUCGGGUCCCGUACCAAAUGCUACCAAUUGCCACGAGGCGGUCCAAUAUGUGGUCAAGGGAAAGGAAUACCGGUCUUCUCAAGUGUCGACCGAUUCGAUGCCAAAGGGUUGCAGUGCAACGCUCAGAGAAGAUGGUUCUGUGGACAUUGUUUGGAACGAGCUGCCCACAAGUAACAAUGUGCUCGACUACCAAAGGCUUGCAUUGGUGGAAGAAUCUUCCAACAGACUUGCCGGAGUGGCAUUGGGUUUGGUCAAUCUGACCCUUUCCAUCGACCUAGAUGCAAAAGAAGAAAACGACCAAGCAGUAGUACACAUGACCCUUACUGGUCCAGCCGACAAGUGGUUUGGAGUUGGAUUCGGGUCCUUUUACAUGUGCGUUCAUCAGCAAGGAGAUGAAUGUCCCGAUGGUGGUCCCUACGCCAUUAUUGUCUCGGGUGAUGAGGUGGUGGAGCGCAAAUUGGACUUUCAUGGACCAGGAGUCGUCAUUGAAAAAAGUCUCACCAUUGAAUCCAACUUGGUAGAAGAUGGUUGGCGAACCGUCCAUCUUUCUCGUGCACUGAAGGGCAAGACAUCCAAGCAUUACACCUUUACCACUUCCUCGUCAUCCUCCCACAAAUUAAUCAUGGCCAAUGGAUGUAAUCUAGAAUUCGGAAAGCAUUGCGGACAUGAACCCAAUGAAUUGAACAUUUUGCAAGUGGAUUCACCAAUGAAGAUCUGCCAAUCUGGAGUCGAAGGUACGAUUAAUAAAAGUCACAUGAGUUCCGACCGAUGCGCACCCUUUCCGGAAAGUGACUUGGUCUGGCAAAAGAAUCCAACCUGCCGGGUCGAAACGUACGUGGGAGGGAUUCAUUGCUGUUCCCAUAAUAAUAUUCUGUUGGACAAGGACCAAGAAAUUCCAUGGAAGGAUCAGCCACUUGUCUAUCGACUCAAAUUCCGGGUCUACUUUGAAGAAUAUCGUCAUCAGGAUGAUGCCGAGGAUAAUGGCAAUGAUAAUGCUGCGACCACCACUCCCACCAAUACGAAUAAUGACAAAAAGGCGUCUCACAAACAAUUGAUUCGACCCUAUUGGCAAACCGAACGACGUGCGGGAGAAUACGACGUCGUCCAAUGUCCCACUGGAACACCGGCGGACGAAUGCGUCCAUACCAUCACCGCACGAUGGAAGGUUCGUGACAUGAUGGUCGAUUGUCCAAUCCAGGAUGCGAGUUGGUGUACAGGGGUCGGUAGUACCAAUUCUUCUGUCACAAAGGGCAUUGAAUUGAUUUACAUUGGUCCCCACUGUCACGCUCCCGCGUGUCUAUCCAUGGAGUUGAUCAAUUCUGAUACCGGGCAAACGAUUUGCAAAACAGAACCCAGCUUGGGCGAGGGCACUGGACAGAAGUAUGACGAGCACCAAUAUUUGGCCAUCCCGCCGUGUCUCUUUGGAGAUCCCAAGGAUGGUCUUUUGGAGCCAGAACUAUUGACAUUGGACACCAACUUGUUGGCCAUCAAGAGAAACAAUAGCACAUUGCCGCACACGGGUGAGAUGGCAAGCUGGCAAAUGAGAGGCAUUGUUGUGCCUCGCGAAGAAGCGGAGACUUUGGAUACAAAGUAA